ACGUGACGAGGCAGCCUAUGAGCUGUUACGCAACAUCUGACCCACUAACAUACAUUCUAGCGGGGAGAGGGAGGAAAAACUGGAGCAGGCACCCAACAUAACACUCGGGACUCAAAGUAAAAGAGGGAGACACGGCUGCCAGUACACUACAACCUCACUGACUAACCUCAGACUAAGAGGAGCUGCACCAGAAAUAUAUUUCCCUCUCUCAGACAUCUGAAACAACCAGCCUACCUCAUCGUUUCUGUUUAAAGGAAUUGAGGAUAGACCACGAACCAACUUCAACUGCGGAAGGAGAUUGCUUUGUGUUCGGCAUUGUGCAUUUUUUCCUGAAGACACGUAACGUGUUCAAAAAGUGCGGUUCUUUGUGAGCCAUCUCAAAGUCCAAGGAACAGUCUUCCAGUAGACCUGACUUCUGCAUCAAACAAUACUUCAAGGAUUACAGAAGAAGUUACUUUGAACAGUUGAAACUCCAAAAGAGUUUUGGAAUUUCGCAAACUUUGUCACGUAGCUUAACCAAUGAGGUUCAGCCUCAGAGGAGCUCAAAUACCUCACUCAGAGUUUUUCGCAGAUCCUGCGACAUAAAGUAACAGAAAAUCAAAAAAGAUCUCUUCAACCAUCCUUCGUUCUCUCCCUGGCCCCCCUUUGCCCUCAAUGCCAGAUUAUCAAUCUGGCCAAAAGGACGCAACAAUGGAAAGCCUGAAUCUUCAUUUCGCAUCUCCGAACAUCAACAACGAUCAUGACAUUGACACCUACUCCAAUUACAGCGAGAGCCUCCCGCCACCGUCUCCCAUCCCCGGUGACAGCGAAGGCCCACGCCGUCAGUCCAAAGGCGGCUCAAAGAACAGCACGUCCAGCCGUCGCAAGCGGGAGUUCAUCUCGGACGAGAAGAAGGACGCUUCCUACUGGGAGAAGCGUCGAAAGAACAACGAGGCGGCCAAGCGCUCCAGAGAGAAGAGGAGGAUGAAUGACAUGGUGCUGGAGAACAGAGUGAUGGCCCUCAACGAUGAGAACUGCCGCCUCAAGACGGAACUUCUGCAGCUGAAGCUUCGCUUUGGCCUCAUUAGCACCUCUGCCUACAUGGAGAAGAGCCAGCAGCUGUCCAGCAUCGGAAACGCCAACAGUGGGAACAGCCAGUCAGGCAGCAGUAACCCUUACUUCUCUAGUAGCGGGUACUCCAGCACCUGCGGUAACACUUUGCUGAACUCUGACUCAUCGGAAGCGGAACAGUCUGCCAGGGGUGAACGCCACACCCCGCUCCCCAAGUACUCCCCAAGAGGAUCCCUCUCCGACGAGUGCAUGUCCGACGACUCGUCCAGCCCCGAGCCCAUGGGCUACGAGAUCAAAAUGGAAUCCAGCAAUGACAUGGAAAUGGACAACGUCGGCAGGACGUUUGACGGCGGCCACCAACACAGGUCCCAAGAGGCAGACUGCGCCAUGGACUUUCACCAGAACCGCCAGAGUAGCUACCACCAGGAGCCUGUCAGCCUAGUGCCCCAGCAGGCAGUGGCCCCGGCCCAGAGGAGUGUGAUCCAGAUGUAUCGCUCACCCAGCUCCUCAUAUAUAGAGAGCCAGAGGCAAAAAACAAAGGACAUGGAACACCAGCAGUCCCAACAAAGCCUCCAGUCCCCAUCCGAGAGCUCAGAGACCAUCACAGAGGAGGUCCAAAGGUACAGAGCCCUUGAAGAGCAACAGAGACAGCAGGAGACAAAGAGAAGCCAUUACAGCUCUAUCGGCAGUCAGCAGAGCCAAGAUGGCGACCACAAAGAAGGCUUUGCCCCAGAGCUCCUCCACCACAGCGCAUACCUCAGCACUCUGGACGAAGAGGAGCCCCCGGUGCUCACAUACGAAGGUGGCUCCAGGGCUGGAGAGGGCUACUACCAGGAGUCCCACUCCUCAGGUAAAGACACAUCCUCCAGCGACGGGGAUCCCCGCAGCUCCGACAAGGAAGGCGGUUCCACCAGCGAUGACGAGUCACCGUCGUCUUCAUCGUCCGAGGUCGGGAGCUACAACCAGAGAGUGAUAUCGCAGACAUCGGCGCCGCAGAGUCAGUGCGAAGACGGCCAGGCCACCUAUCUGCCACACAAGCUCCGCCUCAAAUACAGAGUGCUGUCCAAUCAGGGAGAGGCACCAAACAGCAGUCCCGCCUCAUCCACCUCAGCGUCCCCCUCCCCUUCUCAUCCCCAGCACCCUUACCUGGCCCUGCCCAGCAACCAACAACAUGGCGGCCAUGGUAACGGGGAGAGCAAGGACGCAGACCACGUGUCAGAGUACUGCCAACACAGGGACUCCAGAGACAGAGAAGAGGCGAGUGAAGAAAGUGGACAAAAGGGAUUCAGUACAGGGAGAAAGAAUAAGAGGCGCGAAUGAGGAAGUGGUAUACGCUCCCAAAGACUCUUUGAGAUAUCGCCACCAACAACCAAACUUUGUUCUGCCUCAUCGUCCGAUGUCUCUUCUGUUCACCUACCACUAAGGAAAGACAAACUGAAAUUCAUAAUCACCACAGAAAGAUACAGACUGUCACUGCGUCGCCAUGUUUUUAUACUGACCCUUUCCUCACUCAAUCCAUAGAUAUAUCCUGCCUCAUAAACAAUGAUAACAAUUUGAUUGAAUCAGCAAAGGAAAUGGUGGAGUUGAAAGAAUGGGGGAAUGGAAUGGAUGGAACUCUGAUUUCUUACAUUCAGUUGCCAUUACAUCACAAUAGACGGUUGAAAGUUAGAAUGGAAGGCUCUUUCGAGUCCCUGGUUUGAACUCUCAAUUGCCCCAUUACUUUGUGGGUGGCAAAGUAUUCUGGGAACAUUCCCUUGACCAAAGAAACAAGUCCCCGACAAAGAGUUCCAUUCUUUCUCCCCAAAGAAAACAUCUGUACAUCAGUUUUCGUUAGACCCAAACCUCCAUCUCUGCUUUAUGCAGAAUACCCCAUCUUUUUUCAAGCACUUGGAUUGUACAUAACUGUGAUAUAUACAAUUUACACAUAUUUAAAUAUAUUUUACAAAGAAAGAAAAUGAAAAUUGACAAAAAAACAAAAAGGAGAAAUGGAAGUGAAGGAAAGAAAAUUUGAAAUCAGUUGGAACAAUGUCCUUGUGAGAAGUUGUUGUACAGUCUGUUCUUAAUGUCAGUGAAAUGCCUAGUUUCCUGUAUGAACCACUACUUUUAUAAAUUCUUCUAGGUUCCAUGUCACUACAAAACACUUAAAGACAACCUUUGUCAACUGACCUCUUUAUACAAAAUAUCAAGGCCAGCAGCCCUCAUCACAAAACUACACUUUUUGAAUGGUGAAACCAUCAACACUACAGCACAGUGCACUCAAGAGCUCAACUCAUUAUCAACACGGUAAAAGUAACAGUCACACAGUCGCGAAAAACACGACUGCUCUGGUCUCACAUGGAGGCGCUCCUCCGUAGACCUUUGACCCUAUAUAGAACUGAUCCCCAGUCUUGGCCUUAACAUUGACCUGCUCUAUCAGCAGUGGAUCAUACAAGCAUACAGUCGAACGUUUCAGUUACGUGCCUGCCAACCGGCCGUUGUGUAUAAAUGUAAAGUUAUCGAUCUCUCUUGGAUACUGUUGUUGUUAUUAUUAAUAUUAUUUUAUUAUGUUGUUAUUAAUAUUGUUAUUAUUUUCUAUUUUGUUCUGUUAUUUUUUGGGGGGGUGGAGGGGGGGUUAUUGUGUGUUUUUCCGUCCCCUGGUAUCUUCCUGGUUGUGAUACUGUAUUUGACCCCUCCCCAUAUCCCUUGACAUUUGUACUCUGUGAUGUUGUUCAACAUGUGGUUUGCCGGUGGUUUUCAAGGAAAUUGAUUGUCCAGAAAUGGAUUAUGCAGAGGUUAUGAUGACAACUCGUUUUUGAUUGUUGAAAGAUUGAUUAAUAAAAGGAUGUUGAAAAAGACAUUCAAAAUGAAAAA